AUGAUUAAGCCUAUCUUUAGAAUAGCUCUUUUUCUGAGUAGUAUAAUAGAAGUUUGUGGUGUUUUAUAAGUGAUCUCUUCUUCAUUUUAAGGAAAUAGUUUCUCUGAUGCUGAUAGUAAUUAUAAUGUUGAAAUUAAUUUAGAUUGGGUGGUAAGUGGAGCUUAACCAUUGUUCACAGAUUGUAUGGGCCAAAGAUUAUUAGGAGGUUAUAAUGUUUUUGGUCGAAGGGUUAGCGUUAGUAAGACAUUUGAACUUCCACCCCAUUAUUUGAUAAAUUUGCAAGUGUAAUUUUGGAAGUAAAAUGAAUCAAUAAUAUAGAAUUGAUUCAUGGGACUGGGAAUAUGGAUAUAUAUUUGUAGAUUAUCAGAUGGCAUGGUAGAAAAAAUACAAUUACUAUGAUGGAACUUCAAAAUGUGGAGGUGGAGACGAAUGGAAAGAAGUAUCUGUGAAUUUGAACUUAAAUAUAAAGCAUAGUGGUCCUACAGCCGUGAUAGUAUUCACAACAAACUUAGAUGAAGACCCUGACAAUGUAAAACAACCAGAAAAUUUAAUUAGGAAUCUUGGGGAUUUAGAGAUUUCAUUUUAUCAGUUGAAAAAUGUCCAGAUGGUUGUUUAGUAUGCUAACAGACUGAUACAAUAAUAGAAUGUUAUGUUUGGAAAAUAAUCUAGACUAGUUGGAACUCAUUAGAUGUAAAUGGAAUAGUAACGGACGGUUGGAAUGUUGUAUCUGGAAUUGCUGAGUCAACUUAAUGUGGAUGUAAUUUAAUUAAUAUCAAUUAGCUGUUGCUUUGUUUGGUGGAUACUAAAAGACAGGAACUUAAACAAAAAUCAGGAAGUCUUUUUUUAAUAUUCCACCACAUUAUAAAUUGAAGAUAUAAAUUUUAUGGGCUAAAAUUGAUUCUUGGGAUAAUGAGGCAGCCUAGAUGAGAGUAGAUAGUAUAUUAGUUUGGGAAAGAAGAUUUUAAUGGUAUGAGGGUUAUUUUGGUAAGAUAUGUGGGGAUUCAGAUGCGAACCAUAGAACAAUAUUUAUUAGAAUUGAAUUAGAUUUAGAUCAUACAGGUAGCCAAGUUGAAACUUCAUUUUCAACUACGCUAGAUGAGCCAACAGAUGGAGAGUCUUUUGGUUUAAGAGACUUUACAAUUUUUUAUGGUUCUUGUACUGAUAAUUGUGCUUAAUGUACAGGACCAAGUGGAUCAGAAUGUUAAGGUAUAGUAAAAAAAAAAAAUAAUUAGUGUGUUCUAAAGGAUGUUAUAAUACUGGAGUUAUUGAUAAAAUUUGUUAAGGUAAUUAUCAGUUAUUUAAAAAUAGUAUGCUAUCCAUCAUGUUAUUAAUGUAAUGGACCAAAUAUAGAUGACUGUACAGAUUGUGGAGACCCUAAUAUAUACAAUAAAUAAUUGAUAGCUGGAUAAUGUUUAUGCAUAAUACGAACUAUUGAAUAUAUCCAGAAUGAUGGUACUACUUUAUGUUUACGUAUUAAUUCUCCUUUAUUUAAUUAAGCUUGUCAUCCAAGAUGUGAAAAAUGUUAUCAGCCAUUUGAUAAUACGGUUAAUGAAUAUUGUACUAUGUGCAUAGCAGGAUAGAAUAGAGUUGUUUCUGAUCAACUUAAUUGUAUUUGUAAAGAAGGUUAUGGUGAUGAUGGCAUCUCAGAAAUUUGUGUUUGUAAAUAAUUUUUAAUAAGAAUAAUUUUAGAAUGUCAUUAUACAUGUGAAAAUUGUAAUGGUCCUUUACAAACUAAUUGCACAUCCUGUUCAUCCUCAUCUAAUCGCCAUUUGACUUCAGAUAAGCAGUGUUUAUGCAAUAAAGCAUACAUUGAUGAUGGAACCAACAAUAUCAAUUGUCUAUGUAUCUUAAUUAAUAUCAUCAUUUUUAUAGUCAUUUGUCACCAUACAUGUACUGAUUGUGAUGUGCCUGGUGAAGAUAAAUGCACCAGUUGUCCAGCUACAAGAUAACCAGAUACUAUUGGAAUCACAUUUAAAUGCUUGUGCAAAGAUUCUCAUUAUUUCAGUGAUGACACCCAAUUAGAAUGUUUGGAAUGUCAUUUCACUUGUAAAACUUGUAAUGGCAUUUAUGAAAAUAACUGUUUAACAUGUGACCUUUCUUAUCGCUAAUUAGUAAUGUUCAAAUGCAUUUGUCCAUAUGGAUACUAUGAUAUUGGUUAAUUAUAAUGUUCCAGUAACAAAUAAAAUUAUUUAAAGAGUGCUAUUAUACUUGCCAUACUUGCUUUGGUCCCGAAGAAGAUAAUUGCAUUACAUGUCUGGCUAGUAACAACAGAGAAGUUAGGGCUAAUAAAUGUGUAUGUCUAGAUACAUAUAUGGAAAAACUAGUUGGUGAUCCUAUGUGUUAUAGUAAAUAAUUAUAAAAUACUAGAAUGCUCUUAUCGAUGUGCUAAUUGCAGUAUUACAAUAGACAAUUGUACAUCUUGUCCAGCCUUCUCUUAUAGAGAUCUAGGAACAAAUAAUUUUUGUUCUUGUCCUGCCAAGUCAUAUGACUAACCUGAAAAUCCAAUUUGCAUUAGUAUUAAUGGAGAUUCAUAUUAGUUUGUCACAAUAGUUGCUUAACAUGUAAUGGAUCGUAAUCAAAUUAAUGUACUUCUUGUAAUCCUUAAAUUUUGAGAUAAUUGGAUUCUUCAGGAUCAUGUUUAUGUCAGAGUAAAUACUUUGAUGCUGGAUAGCCUGAAUGUCAAGGUAUACAUUAAAUUUAUUCUUUAGCAUGUAGUAUCUAUUGUUUGAAUUGUGUAAAUUCAGCUAAUAAUUGUAUUUCUUGUAAACCAGAUAGAUUCUUAGUAGGAAAUGUGUGUAAUUGCUAAACAAAGUUAAAUGGAGCUAUUAUCAGUACUUAUUAAGUUUAGGGCAAAACUGAAUGUCAAAGUUUUAUAAAAUUAAUUUAACUUAGGUUGUCAUUAUUCUUGUUUAAACUGCAAUGGAUCUACAUUAACUAAAUGUACAUCAUGUUUGGAUAGUGAAAUGAGAAUUUUCUAAAAUUCAAGUUGUGUUUGUGCACCUCAUUAUUUUGAUAUUGGCAAACCAAAAUGUUAAUGUACUAAUAUAAUAAUAAACAUUAGAAUGCAAUUAUAGUUGUGAAAAUUGUACAGGAUUAGAUACUAAUUGUUUAACUUGUUAUCCUAACACAUUUAGAAAAUUGAUUAAUUAACAAUGCCCAUGUUAAUAGGGAUACUUUGACGAUGGAUCAAAUUCUAUAUGCUAAAGUAAUUUAUUUUAAAAAUUAUCAAAAGAAUGCCAUUAUUCUUGUUCUCAAUGUAGCUCUAUUUCUACUAAAUGUGAGGCAUGUUCAUCUACAUCAAAUAGAUAAUUAAAUACAUUGAUGUUUACUUGUAAUUGUUUAGAUUCUUAUUAUGAUUCUGGUGUUGAAACUUGUUCACAAUGCCAUUAUUCUUGUUUUACUUGUAAUUCUUUUGGAUUUCAAUUGUGUCAAUCUUGUAAAGACAAGUCAAUUUCCUUUAGAGUCUUUAAUUCAGGAAUUUGUCAAUGCUUACCUGGUUAUUAUGAUGAUGGAAUCUCUCCUAAUUGUUAAAAAUGUUAGAUUUAAUGUUUGACUUGCUAAAAUACUGCUGAUUAUUGUAUAACCUGUAUAACUACAAGACAUUUAGAAGGAAAUACAUGUAUAUGUGAUACAGGUUAUUUUGAUAAUAAAUUGGAUAAAUGUGGGAAAUGUGAUUAAAAUUGUUUUAAUUGCACAAUAAAUUCUAAAAAUUGUACUGAAUGUGAUUAAUCAUUAAUGAGAAUACUGGAUAAUGUUACUAAAACUUGCAUUUGUAAAGCUGGAACUGCUGAGAUUAAUGGUUAAUGCCAAGUUUGUGAUAUUACUUGUUAAACAUGUUAAAAUGCAGACACUUAUUGCACAUCUUGUAAAUUAUUGAGAUUAUUAAAUAACAAUAAAUGUAAUUGCAUAGAUGGUACAUAUGAGAGUGGAAAUGAUAAAUAAUGUUUACUUUGCAAUAAAACUUGUUAGACAUGUAUUAAUCAAGAAAACUAUUGUACAUCAUGUUCAGCAGAUAAAAAUCGAAUCUUCAAAACAGGAAAUAUUUGUAUAUGUCAAGAUGGAUAUUAUGAAGAAUCAAUAACUUUAAGUUGUAAAAAGUGUGAUUAGUCUUGUUUAACUUGUAAAGUAUCUCCUAAUUAUUGUUUAACGUGUGAUGCUUUGUACAAUCUCAGCUUGGAUGUCUCGAAUAGAUGUGUUUGUUCAACAGGUUUCUAUUUUAAUACAUCUACAUUAAAAUGUGAAGGUAUAAUAAUAGUAAUUUAGCUUGUAAUAUUUCAUGUAAAGAAUGUAAAACAUAGACACAAUGUAUAGAGUGUGAAAAUCUUACUAGAUAUUUUGAUCCAGAUAAUUUGAAGUGUCCAUGCAAAGAUGGAUAUUAUGAGGCUCAACUCAAAAAAUGUUCAAGUACAAAUUUCAUAUUAUCAUUAGUAUGUGAUUUAAGUUGUAAGACAUGUAUCAAUUAAUCUACAUAAUGCUUAUCAUGUGAAUCAACUUAUUUUAGAAUUUUAAAUAAUUCUAAUUAAUGUAUUUGUUUAGAUGGUUAUUAUGAUAUUGGGAUUGAGAUGUGUUAAUAAUGCAAUUUAUAUUGUAAGACUUGUUAAAUAACUUAAACAAAAUGUACUUCAUGUAACUAGACACAACAUUUUAGAGUAUUAAAUCAAAAUCAAUGUAUUUGCUAAAAUGGAUAUUAUAAUAAUAAUUCAUUAAUUUGUGAAAGUACACAGUUAUAAUUAAUUUUAUAGAAUGUUCUAAUUAAUGUCUUACAUGUGAAGGGAGAAGAGAUUAUUGUAAAAGUUGUGAUCUUAAUUAAAAUAGAAUUGAUUAAUCUGUUAUUAAUAAAUGUCCUUGUUCAAAUGGUUUCUAUUCAGAUGAAAAUGAAAAUUGUUAAAGUAUUAAUUUUAAAGCAUAAUAAGAAUGCCAUCCAAAAUGUUAAACAUGUAAUUAAUCUAAAGAGAAUUGUAUAACUUGUUCUUAUUCCAAAACUUCUAAUCGACAAAGCAUAUCUCAGAAUUGUAUUUGCAAAGACGGUUAUUUUGAUGAUGGCAUUUAAGUGGAUUGUUAAAAAUGUAGUAUACGUUGUAAAUUUUGUUAAAAUUCUUCAACUAAUUGUUUAACUUGUUUUAGCAAUCUGAGAGAUACACCUCCUAUUUGUAAUUGCAAACUUGGAUUUUUUGAAAAUUCUUUUUAGAAUUGUGAAGGUAAUCAAAUCAAUUUUAUUUUAGCGUGUGAAAAUUAAUGUUUAACUUGUGAAAAGACAUCUUCAAAUUGUUUAUCAUGUAAAGAAGGAAGAUCCACUCAACUUUGUGUAUGUUAAGAUGGGUAUUAUGAAGGUGGAUAGCCUCUAUGUGUUUGUAUAUUAAUUAAUAAUAAAUUUAAGAAUGUGACUUUUAAUGUAAAACAUGCAAGGAUUCCUCAUUAAAUUGUUUAAGUUGUAAAGGAGAUCGAAUUAAUAUUCCUAAAUGUGAAUGUCCUGAUGGAUUUUAUGAUGAUCUAUUAAAUGAAUCUUGUUAAGUUUGUGAUGGAUUAUGUAAAACAUGUAAUCUAGAUGGUUGUCUCAGUUGUAAUGGCAAUAGGAUUCUAUCUCCUGAAAUGUCUUGUGAUCAACCAUAAAAUUCUGUGAGCCAUCCUGACACUGCAUGGUGUUCAAGUAUUAAUAUUUCUAUUAAUAACAAAGCUUGUGAAGUUGCUGUAGUAGAUGUUAGGUUCUCAGAUGACUUACUAUCUAUUUCUGUAAAGUUUGACUUUCCAUUGAAUCCAUCAUUCUUUACUACAUAAUUUUAAGAUAAUAUCUGCUUAAAAAUACUAGAUUAUCAAACAUACUAAUUACUUGGCAAGAAUCCUAUUUGUUAUGUGGAUCCAGAUGAUGAUACAAAAUUAAUUAUGAGAGUAGGAUAACAAGUUAAGAUUAUUCCAGGGGAUAAAAUCAUUUUUUAUGAUAACUAUUUUGGCCAUCAAGAAUGCGAAAAACAAUUAGAUAUUUUUAUCUACAAUGAAAUCAAAAAUCCCAUAAAUCCUGUAUCUCCUAAAAUUAUUUAUGAUUUACCUACAUAUCUUCUCAAUCCUUGCGAUGACAAUAUUAUAUCUAUGAAAUCAAAACUUAAUGAUGGACUUAGAGGAUUUAUUGGAAUAAAAUGGACAUACUCUGUAGAUGGAUUUAAUGGAAAUGGAGAUCUUGAUAAUUUUGUUGCUUCAUUAACUAGUUUAUAAAUGUUAGAAUUAGUUAUUCCAUUCCAAACUCUACCAAAACAGUCCAAUAUUACCCUUUAUAUAGAGUUUCAAAAUUUUGUAGGUUCAAAGACAAUAUAAAUGAUUAAAUUGUAAACUCAUUCAGGUCAAUUUCCCACUAUACUUUGGAUUUCGAAACCUUAUUAUUAUGCUUUUGAAACUAUUGUUUUGCAAUUCUAAAUUAAAAAAAAAGAUUGUUCUGAAUCUGUAAUUACUUAAAUUGAUAAUUCUGAAUAUUAAUUAUCUUUAGUUGAAGUAUAUAGAAACAAUUCUAAUUCAAGGCCUUCAAGAGUAAAAUAUUAAGAAAUCACACGUCAAAGUUUCUUUAAUGUUACAAUCUAAAAUUAUACAUUGACUUCCAGAAUUGCUUAUACCUUCUAAUAAACAACGAUUGAUCCUUUGCUUAACUUUUCAAUUACAAGAAAUAUUACACUUGAAAUUAGCUCAGGAGGUAUAUUUUGUUAAUUUAAUGGGACAAAAAAGAUUUAGAAUUAUAGAAAAGAAACUUAUAUAUACAUAUCAUGUAGAGAUUUAGAUACUUAAUAUGACUGGAAUGAAGAUUCAGGUAUAUAAAUUAAUGUUGAGUGUGUUGACUUGACGAUGAAUUCAUUUUGUAUGGAUUUAAAUAAAAAAAUAAUCAAAGUAAAUAAAACAGAUAGUAUCCAAGUAAUUCCCAAAUAAACAAUACAGCCUUAUACUAUUUAAAGUUGGACAGUAGUGGCUUCAAAAAAUUAAUUUACUUAUAAAUUUAAAUAAAAUAUUGUCUAUCUAGAUAAUGAUUUUAAACUAUUAAAUGUUACUUAUAGUAAAGGGUAUUUAAUGAGACCAGUCAAUAACUAUGAAAAUUUGGAAUUCACUAUUAAUAUUCCUUUUUAAGAUCGAUAGUAUCUGUUAGAAUAUCAAGUAGCUAUUAUUUAUAAUUUUGAACUCAUUAAGAUAUUACAAUCGGAAUACUUUUAAUACUAAUUACGAAUAUUUGAUUAUUUUUAGGAAUUUACAAAAGGAAAAUAAAUAAAUUUGAAAUUUUUGGCUUAGUUUACAAAUGAAAUUAUACCUAGUUAAGAGGAUCUAUAGUUAAUUGUUAAUUAACCUCCUACUUGUUUAGUGAGUUUGAGUGAAUAAACAGUUGAAGCAUUGAGACCUUUAAAGAUUAUUACAAUUUGUGAUUUUUCUGAUGCAGCUCCAUUUACAUAUUAAUUGAGAUAUUUUCUUAAAAAUUAAGAUUUAAUUGAUUUUUUGAAUAGUAAAUCUGAUUAUUCAUUAAUUUUGAGUAGUUAUUAAAGUUCAAAUAUUUUGGAAGGGUAUUUUCCAUAAGCUGAUGGCAUUCUUUUAAUAUAAGCAAUGGAUUCCAAAGGAUCAUACUUAAAUAUUGAGAAAUAGUUAAAUGUAACAAAGAUUGUUCUGAAUUGUUCCAACAUAAUAAUAAAUUAAUAUAAUUUUAAAUAACAAAUUUCUUUACUAUUAGAAAUUUUAUUGAAUCAUUAAGAUUAAAAAUAUUGUAUUAAUUUGUCUUAAGAGUUAUUUUCAAAAAUCAAAACCUUUUUGGAUUCUGAUAAUAUUGAUGAUCAAUUAUUAGUUUAUCAAACAACUAAAUUAUAUAAAAGAUUAAUUCAAGAUAAUAAUAGUUCCAAUACUUCUAUUAGAUUAUUGAAUGAUAAUUCAGAAAGUUGUUUUAAGAAUUCUACAAAAACUUUUUAUUUCGCAAUCCCACAUGCUGAUACUUAGUCAACUGUCACUCCAACUAGUUUACAAGCAGAAUUAAAAUAAAUUAUAGCUAUUGUUCAGAAAAUGAUAAUAAAGUCAACUAAUUUUGAUGAUUAGAUAAAUUAAGAUGUAGUGUUCUUGGAUGAAAAACUUUAUUAGAAAAAAGAUGCUAUAUUGGACUCUUUAUUAGUUAUGUAACUUUUGAUUGAUGACAUUUUCCUCAAAAUUCCUACAGCUAUUGUUAGUUCUUAAUAAGAUAAAGAAUAGAUUAUUAAUAUAGCAGAGGGAUUAAUAAAUCUUAUUGAAAAGAUUGCAAUGCAUGUGAAUGCAAAAGCAAAAGUAAAUGGUCUUCAAUUAAUUGUUAAUGGAUAAAUUCUGAAAUGGUAAUUAUCAAAAAUUACUAAAGAUAUUUUAAAUAACUAAUUCGAUAUUGAUAGAGAUUUAUUAGAUGGUUUGAUUGAUUUUGUAUAAAAGGAAUAAAUAGAAUUAAAUUACAACUAUUUAAAUCUAUCUCAAGAAUUAUAAACAAAAUUGCAAACAUUCUUUAAUUUAACUACCCUUGAAAUUGAUCAAUAUAAUUACAAGAAAACCAAUCUAUAGAAUCAUCUUUAUAAGGAUCGUUAUAUAGAAUAUCAAGAUACAAUUAAAUAAUACAUGAUCGAUAUGUUUAAAACUCCAUACUGUUAAGAAUAAGUUCCAUAAGAUAAACUUUACUCUUAUGAUUGUGUUAAUAUCCAUUAAGACGAAUAAUUUUAUAAAUGUGAUUUCUUAACUGAAGAAAUUGAUAAUCAAACUGUUUAAGUCUCUUGUAAAUGUCAAAAAUUAGGAAGCAUUUUUUUAAUAAAAUUCCUCAACAAUUCAAUUAUCUAAUAAAAUUUCACAUCAAAUUCUUUUAAUGAAUAUAAAGUGGAUAAUUCAAAUUUAUAAUUAAAUGAAUAACCAAUUUUACUAUUUCAAGGCAUCUUCCUUACUUUUUCUUUAUUCUUUUAUUAUGAAUUAGUCUCAAUAGAAAUUAAAUCAAAAUAAAAACCAAUAUUUAACAGAGUAGAUUCAGAUCUUAGCGGAGACGAAACUCAAAAAUAAGGAAAAGCUAAAAUUUUACACUUUUAUCCAGGACAUUUUUCUGUUUUCAAAUAAUCAUUCAAAGUAAGUUUUAUUUUUAAUAUAUAGUUUAUUCAUGAAAUAUUAUCCUUUUUUUUUACAGAAAGUAUCAUCCUUACUAAAAGUUAUCGAUUUUUGGAACUAUCGAUCAAAAUAAGUUUGCUGAUACCAUUCUCGUUUUUGGAAAUAUCUUUUUUAGCUGAAAUUACAAUCUAUGGAAUCUUACUCAUCAAUAGCGGAACUUUUCUAUUUAUUAAAAUUAUUCUCUAGAUAUUUUAGUCUAUUUACAGAUUUGGAGGAAAAUGGAGUAUUUUAAUUGCUAUUUUCUAUUUACUAAUACAUUUCCUUUGUUAUCUGGAAUUUAUUCUUUAAUUGAAGAAUUGGUAAAUAUCAAUCUAUAUCUAUUUAGUUAAAAAGACCUUUAAAUAAUCAAUAUUUAAAUUUCUAUCAUUUUAAUUAGUUCACUCGUUUUAUUUUAUAUCAUUUUGGAACCAAUUAUGAUAUUCCUAAGAAUAAUUAUUUUUAAACAUAUUACUUAAUAAAUGAGAAAUUAGGUUAUUAAUCCAUUGUUUUAACUUGUUUACUUUUUUGUUGGCCAUCAAAAGUUAGAUGAACUCUUUAAUAAUUAUGCAAUUAUUUGA